GCGGCAAAAAGGAUUUGGCGCGUAAAAGUGGCCCGGACUUUGCAGGCAGCGGCGGCCCGGGGCGGAGCGGGAUCGAGCCCUCGCCGCGGCCUGCCGUCAUGGGCCCGCGCCGCCGCCGCCGCCUGCCUCCCGGGCCACGCGGGCCGUGAGCACCAUGGCCGUAGCCCCCGCGGGCGGCCAGCACGCGCCGGCGCUGGAGGCCCUGCUCGGGGCGGGCGCGCUGCGGCUGCUCGACUCCUCGCAGAUCGUCAUCAUCUCCACUGCGCCCGAUGUCGGCGCCCCGCAGCUCCCCGCCGGCCCCGCCGCGCCACCCGCUGGCCCUCGCGAUCCUGACGUGCUGCUCUUCGCCACGCCGCAGGCGCCCCGACCCGCGCCUAGUGCACCGCGCCCGGCUCUCGGCCGCCCGCCGGUGAAACGGAGGCUGGAUCUGGAAACUGACCAUCAGUACCUGGCUGGUAGCAGCGGGCCAUUCCGGGGCAGAAGCCGCCACCCAGGGAAAGGUGUGAAAUCUCCAGGGGAGAAGUCACGCUAUGAGACCUCACUAAAUCUGACCACCAAACGCUUCUUGGAGCUGCUGAGCCGCUCAGCCGAUGGUGUUGUUGACCUGAACUGGGCAGCUGAGGUGCUGAAGGUGCAGAAACGGCGCAUCUAUGACAUUACCAAUGUCCUGGAGGGCAUCCAGCUCAUUUCCAAGAAGUCUAAGAAUCAUAUCCAGUGGCUAGGCAGCCACACCAUGGUGGGGAUAGGUAAGCGGCUUGAAGGCCUGACCCAGGACCUGCAGCAACUGCAGGAGAGUGAGCAGCAGCUGGAUCACCUGAUGCACAUCUGUACCACGCAGCUGCAACUGCUUUCUGAGGACUCAGACAGCCAGCGCCUGGCCUAUGUGACCUGCCAGGACCUCCGUAGCAUUGCAGACCCUGCAGAACAGAUGGUCAUAGUGAUCAAGGCCCCUCCUGAGACCCAACUACAAGCUGUGGAUUCCUCAGAGACAUUUCAGAUCUCCCUUAAGAGCAAACAAGGCCCCAUCGAUGUUUUCCUGUGCCCUGAGGAGAGUACAGAGGGGAUUAGCCCUGGGAGGACCUCAUGCCAGGAGACAUCCUCUGGGGAGGACAGGACCGCUGACUCUGCCACUGCAGGGCCUCCACCAUCACCUCCUUCUAUAUCCCCAACCUUGGAUCCCAGCCAAUCCCUGUUAGGCCUGGAGCAAGAAGCAGCAUUGCCACGAAUGGGCACCCUGAGGGCCCCCCUGGAAGAAGACCGGUUGUCACCACUGGUGGCUGCUGACUCACUCCUGGAGCAUGUUAAAGAAGACUUCUCUGGACUCCUCCCUGGGGAGUUCAUCAGCCUUUCCCCACCCCACGAGGCCCUUGACUAUCACUUUGGUCUCGAGGAGGGUGAGGGCAUUAGAGAUCUCUUUGACUGUGACUUUGGGGACCUGACCCCUCUGGAUUUCUGACAGAAGCCUAGGGACUCAGAGUGUCUGGAGAUGCCCACCUUGUCUGCAGCUUUGAAGCCUCCUGCCCUGGGCCAUCCUUCCUGCCUCAUUGGAAUAGCAUGAUUUAUACCCUUUUCUCUGUCCGGUAGCUUCCAGCUCUGGGGUUUGGUUGCUGCCACAUUGAGCAGACCGAAAGGGGAAGGAUGUUGUAGUGUGUGUGCAUGCACCCCAUACUGCUCACUUGUACCUGGGGUGUGUGUCUCUGUGUAUGUGUGUCUGUGUGUGUGUGUGUGUGCAUGCGCGUGCUUGCGCGUGCCGGAGAAUGAAGGUGAACACAUCUGUAUGUGUGCUGCAGACACAUCCUGGUGUGUCCACAUGUGUGCAUGAAUCCAUGUGUGCGCAUUGGGGUGGGGGUGGGGCUCUAACUGCACUUUCAGUGUCCUUGCUGCAGGGGCCCUGUGAGGCCCCAGGUGGCUGCCUGCUUCCAGAAUCCUGUGUGUCAGCCAGGCUGGGUGGUGCAGCUUGGCUAGCCGGGUUUGCAGGGCAGCAAGAGCACUGCUUAAAAGUUUUCCGAUCGAAGCUUUAAUGGAGCGUUUAUUUAUUUAUCGAGGCCUCUGGCAAACCUGGGGGAUAAGCAAAGGGUGGGAAGAUAUGGGGCUGAUACCCCAACUCCCUGUUCUCUGAAGCAAGGGCAGGGUCCCCUACCCAAGAGGAGCUGAGGCCCAAGCAGUUAUUUAUUGGGAAAGGGAGAAGGACACAGACUGACAGCUGUGGAUGGGCUGGAGAAACAGUCCUUUUUUAGAAGGUUGUACCAGCGCCCUGGCCGCAGCAUCCACGUGGAUCUGAUAUGGGGACAGUGUGGGAGGGCCUUGGCUGAUGGUGGCCAGGAGGGGUGGAUAUGGGUCCCUUCUGUGGUUGGAGUGUCCUCCACUGUCCUCCCUGUCCCCAGUCUGCACUUUGAUUUGUUUCCUAACAGUUCUGUUCCCUCCUGCUUUGAUUUUAAUAAAUAUUUUGAUGGUGUUAGGGCUGGGUUUGGGACUCGCUGCCAGCGUGAGGCUAGUGCUGGAGGGAGUGUUCAUUCCCUGUUCCUGUCUGACUUAAUUUCCUUUCGGUCUGUAACCCCUUGAGAAGAGGAAAACUGACCCAGUGAUGGGUAGGAAGUUACGCAUGUUACCUAAGUACAGAAAGGCGAGUGUCAGGGUCUGCUUGCUGUGCAUCUUCUGGUCAUUUCUGAGCAUUAGUAAAGAUGCAACACACAGUGA